AAUUAAGAUGAUAUUGAAAUAUGGACAGCAGCCCAGUAACCAAAACAUACAUUUAAUUGAGACAUUCCGAUGGAUGUUAUAAUCAUCAUCAUAUUUAUGAAAUCAUAUGCUUCCUAAUUGGUACACAUAAUGUGAAAAACCAAGGAAAUUCGUAGAACAUUAGAGAAGAUCCAGUAGCUAGUACCAUCAGUAGUCAUUGGCCCCCCAUCCUAACUUUAUGCUUUCAUCAACCUCCAGAACAAUCCCCUUUAUUCUUCCUCAUUCUUUAUUCUAGAUUUCUCUCAACUUUUGCUAAAAUUACGGUUUUACUACAGUUAAUCAACUUUGCCUAGCUAGACUCGUCUUCUCCCCCUAUAUAUCCCUCAAACUCCCAAACAAGAAAAAUAUCAUCGAAUAAUCACAGCAAAGCAACCAUUUUGAUCAAAUCCUUCCUGCACCAUUUCUUCAGUUUUCUGAAAUCAAUUAAGCUAGCUAGCCAAUGGCCCUGAUUCCAAGCUUCUUCGAUCCAUUCUCAUCAGUUGAUGUUUGGGAUCCAUUCAAUGACAUCUUCACCCCUAGAACCAACUGGGCCGUUUCGGCCCCGACGGCCCGUGAAACCGCCGCGUUUGCGAACGCGAGGAUCGACUGGAAGGAAACCCCGGAAGCCCACGUGUUCAAAGCCGACGUUCCGGGCUUGAAGAAGGAGGAAGUGAAGGUGGAGGUGGAAGAAGGCCGGAUCCUCCAGAUCAGCGGAGAGAGGAGUAAAGAACAGGAGGAGAAGAACGACACGUGGCACCGCGUGGAGCGGAGCAGCGGCAGGUUCCUCCGCCGGUUCAGGCUGCCGGAGAACGCCAAGAUGGAUCAGGUGAAAGCCAGCAUGGAGAACGGAGUGUUGACCGUGACGAUUCCGAAAGUGGCUGAGGAGAAGAAGCAAGAAGUUAAGGCCAUUGAUAUUUCUGGUUAGAAGAAGUUUAAGCUGGCGGCGCUUUCUGUCGAUCGAUCUGUACGUGCAUGAAAGUUUGAAACUACGUGCUUCAUCCCAAUAAAUCAUGCAGCUUUGAAGCUCCUUUUUUUAUUUGUUUUCGUGUUACAGUUUGAUUUUCUCACUUCACAGUGCGAGUUUUGCAAAAAAAUAAGAUGAUGUUUUGUUAAACUAA